GCCACUGGACGCCUGGUGCCAUGGCUUCCUCUGGAGUGGCGGGUGGGAGACAGGCUGAAGAUACGAUGCAGCCACCGCCCGAGCUGCUGCCGGAGUCCAAGCCGCCGCCGCCUCCUCAGCCUCUGCAGGUCGCCGCCCUCCCGCCGCCGCCGGCUCAGCGGCCUCAGUCCCCCGCAUGCGCGAAGGAGGAGAAUUACUCCUUUUUGCCGUUGGUUCACAAUGUCAUCAAAUGCAUGGACAAGGACAGCCCCGAUCUCCACCAGGACCUGAACGCCCUCAAAACAAAGUUCCAGGAGAUGCGAAAGCUCAUAGGCACCAUGCCUGGCAUCCAUGUGAGCCCUGAGCAGCAGCAGCAGCAGCUACACAGCCUCCGAGAGCAAGUCAGGACCAAGAAUGAGCUUCUGCAGAAGUACAAGAGUCUCUGCAUGUUUGAGAUCCCCAAGGACUAGUAGGGCGAGCUCCCAGGGCAGCUGUCAAGGGACUGAAAGCUUCAUACCUGUGGCGGCCGGCUCCUUGGGAGCCUGGCUUUAAACUGUGAGGCCACAUUCAGCUGGUGUGGGCCUGGGUGGCUGUAUUCAGCCUUGACUAGCUGGGCCAGGCCCCAUCAGCAGGUCUAGAGGGCACAGAGGGAGAGGAGGAAGCUGUUCCUUUCUCUCCUUCGACUCCUCCCACUCCCGAUACCAUCAGCAUGGAUCAGGUACAUACUGUUCCUGUUAACAGCAGUUUCAUGAAGCAUUUGCAUAGAAUUCAUGGGGUAAAUUAGGCCUGCACUCAGAUGGCAUGGGUUUAAUAUAAUUAAAGAAGGCUGUGAGAGCA